AUGGCAACGAAGGCACCCUCGGGUACUCCUGCCUCAACUCCAGUGCGUGCUGCAAGGACUACCACGCCAGAGACAGAGAUCAGUGACAGGUCCAGGAUCGCCGACGCAAGGAACGAGGACGGCCCUCAGAUCGAGGCGCCCGUUCAAGCUACCACUGCUGAGGCCACGCCUGCCACUCCUGCCACUCCCGCCACUCCUGCUGAGAAACAGCAAGAGACGCUGGUUAAGGGCUACAAUUUCCGUGCUCGCAAACCCAGGCAGACGGGCUCAACCUCCCGUGGCGUGACCACCAAGCGUCUUGCUUCUGAAAUGGCCGAGGACAAGCAGCAGACCGCAACGCCCAAGAAGUCGCGUCAAACGGAUGCUGACGACGAUGACGACGACACGAAUGACUCUGACUACAGUGAGGACGACAACAAGAAGAAUCGCAAAAAGAAGGUCACCAGGAAGCAGACGAUUGCUCAAACACCAGUCGCUCAUGAGCGGGCGCCGCGUCGUAUCUUGUCGCAAAGCUCCCGCAACGUUCGCUUGGACCACAACAUGCUGUACGCAGAGUGUUUGACUGGUGACGGUCGUGACUGGAAAGAAUCCUGCUUGAAUCUUGACGAGAGUAUCGAGAACAUUGACGGGACUCUGAUGGCAGGCGUCAACUUCAGCCUCACGUCCCGCAACAUCCGCAUUGAAGGGUCACUUCUUCGGUGUGAGAGUCAGCGUCGGCAUGGCCGUUGGCGCCAGGCGUCGGCUGAUCUUGAUGAAUAUGUUGCCAACGAGGACGGCAACUUGACGAGUAUCGUUGCACGCGCUUGGAGCUCUCGUAACUUGUAA